AUGGAAACAAUAACGCCAGAAAUGGAGACAAAAACGCCCGAUGAAUUAACAACAACAACUAGCAGUAGCGACCAAAAAUUGAAUAAGGAAAAUUUUUCAUUACAGAAAGACGCGACAUUAUCAACACUUGAUGAAAUUGAAUAUGAGAAUAAUUUUCAACGAAUUGAUAAUGUAACCAUUGGUUUGAUCGUUGGAAUUAAUGACGAACAAUCAUUCCGAAGUGAUAACACUAAAUCAUCCAGUAAUAGGAAAACAAAUCGACAUCGCGGUGGUUGUUCGACAUCGUCUAGUUUUGUUGAUCAAUUUCAUGAUAAUAGUGUUUAG